AUGUUAAUGUUUUGUCCGAACUGUGGAAAUUUAUUACUUGUGGAAGAAAGCACCGACGCGCUAAGGUUUUCAUGCAAUACUUGCCCUUACAUAUGCAAAAUAAAGCGAAAGAUUUCUAGCCGUAUAUUUCCAAAGUUGAAGGAAGUGGAUCAUGUAAUGGGCGGUUCCGCUGCAUGGGAAAACGUUGACUCUACAGACGCCGCAUGUCCGGCCUGCGCUCACAACAGAGCUUACUUCAUGCAAAUGCAAACACGAUCCGCUGAUGAACCUAUGACCACAUUCUACAAGUGCUGUAAUCAAACUUGUGGCCAUAAUUGGCGCGAUUAAUAUUGAUACAUUCAUCAUAAUUUCAUAUCCGUUGAUUGUUAAGCAUUCUUAACGAUUCAAUGUUAU